GGGAGGGAGCAGGAAAAGGGAGAAGAGGAAAGAAGUUGUUAAAGUGUAACGUUCAUCUCUUAUCAACUUCAGCAACACUUUCUGGACCGGGACGCACCGAAGUUUCGAUAUUUGACCCUGUUUCAUGUGAGCGUUGCUGCGUGUGCGCGGUGGACAAGACGAGGCAAAGAAGACGGGAGGAAGAGAGCUGAGAGAGAAUGAUGCUGAGCGACGGUAAGGGGCGAGAGCGGGAGGCAGCAUCACCGACCAGACAAGAAAGGAGGGGAGGGGAGGACAGACGGAGUGGAAGUGGAGGGAGAGACGAGAGGAGUGCACCAUGAAGUAGUGCCUUUGUCCGCCCCGGCAGCGCUGCCAUUUCACCGUCUGCCGAGAGUGAGGCAGCAGAAGAGGAGGGGAGAGGAGAGGAGAGAAGAGGAGAGGAGAGUGACUUUGGGAAUUCGUCCGGCGCAUCAGGAGGGAGACACGGUUUGGGCUUUUGUUUGUGUCCAGGGAGUGGACGGACGGCGUGUCAGAAAGAGGAAGGAGAGGACGUCCAACAUGUCUGUCCUGUGACUAUAAAGGCCAGUUCUGGACAUGUGUCACCUGUAUGUUUUCGAAAGUAAAAAAAAAAAGGAACUCAUUGGAACAAUGAUUGCACUCACUUUUUCGUCCUGUUGACUUUCUAUUGUGUUUGAGCGAUUGCUCUUGAUUACAAUCAUUACCUUUUUUAAUUGCUUUUAUGCAAGUUUUUUACAGUUGCAUUGUGUCCCGACUCUUACCAGGCAUGCCCUAGUCUCCGAGCCGGUUGCAUGCCGUGUCAACAUUGAUUGGCUUUUAUAGCGUCUGGCGCUACGCCGGUCCAACUUUGAUCAUUUCCUGAAAGCUAUUGAUCUUUUCAGGGGUGAGCGGGGGACGGCAGUGCGGGUGCGGGGCUAGUCGGGAGUUUUGUCCUCCUGUUGUACGAGACAAAUUAAUGAUAACAUGCGGAGACUUUGCUCUUCACGCAGCAUCUUUUUAUGACUUCCCAGCAUCUCUUUUUACUGUCUGUUGCCAUGGCGACGGGCUGCAGCUGCAGACGGAGCAAAGCGAAAGUUAUUUUUGUUGUGUCUUAAACCCGGUGCUGCUCCAUUUGCUAAUUGUGCGCGUUGAGUCGGAACAGUCGACUGCGCUCGUGUGCAGUUUUUCAACUCGAGACGCCUGUGCUGCGCUCGCCAAGGUUGAUUCAGGUCACCUGUCUCCCCCUCCGCCGCCCCUCCCUCCCCAGUCUGUGUUCACCCAAUGGCGAGUCUCCGCACCCGUCUUUGUCCUCAUCUCACCUUAAUGAAAAGCAGUCGGGCUGAUCGAUGGGAGGAUAAAUUGAUGCAGCUAUUUAAUGAUCAUUAUCAUACAAUGUGUGUAGCUGACUCAGGUAGAUGGUCGUCACCUGACCUGCACCGUCCCCCCAUGUUCUCGUUGUGCUACUUUUAAGACCUUAACACAUGUUUUCUAAUCUUUUAUUACUCGGUACAUUUUUAUUCUGGGCACCUGAGACUGUUUGCCCUUUGAACCAGGGCGACGUUUCCCGCCAUCCCGGGCUGUCUCGCAGCACAUGCAGAUUCUCCAUGGUGCUUCGAACCCACGACCAGAUGGACGACUAGCGCGCGUUGCUAGACGAUCCCUCUGUGGUGCUAGACUAACAGUUGUGGGCUGUUUUUGUUUUUUUUCCCAUUCUUGCACCCACGACCAAGCUGGUGCGUGAGACUUCAGCUGAAGUUUAUUGGUGCCAAGCAUUGUGCCGGUGUUGUGUUGGUGGUGGUGAGGUGGACUGUUCGCCUUUAAGGUUGGACUAUGCAGACAGUAGACAGAAACAGCGUUUAUUUCUAGCGUUCUUGCUCUUCUCUCAGGUUACUAACCGCAAUCCGGGCGUGUCGUUUGAGGGCGAGCAGGGCAGUAUUUCCGAAAAUCAGGUCUCAUCACUAUCACAACACACCCGCUGGCCUUCAUUAGCCAAUGACCUGCAUCCUCUAGAGUUGCAUCACCAUCGUGCUACUGCAGUGUGUACAGUGGGUUGUGGGUUAGUUUUUGCCUCAUCCCUCACUUGAAGCGUGAGAGAAGAAUGCACUACUAACCUGAUAAGUAAAAAAAAAAGAGAAAGAGAUGUGGUGGGUGUCUGAGCACACUGCAGCAAGCUAGUCCUGGAUAGUCCCACUCCUUAAGUCAUCAGUCACAGGAAUGAGGCAAAAAUACAACCUCACCUACUGUAUGUCAGGAUAGAAUUUCCUAUGGUGCUCUGUUGCUGACUAAUUCAAACCACAACGGCCUCACUUGUUUUUUAACCAUAUCAGGAACUUCAGUCAGGAACUUUUUUUGUCUUUCGUUUCUGGUGUCUAAACAUGUGCCGCCUGUAGUAUCCAUCGAGGAGAGACUUAACAGGCGGUUAAAUAUUUUUUUUUAUAAAACAAGGCGCUGUUUAACGGGCAAGCCUGGAGAACGGGCAAGCAGACGCGGGAGGGGGCGAGGGGGAGAUCAUCUGGAAGAGGCGAGAGGAAGUGGUGGCGCGGGAGAGGGCGGAGGCGCUGGAGAGGCAGAGGCUGGCCGAGUACAUUGUGUGGAGGAAGAGGGAGGACUUCCAGGAGAGGCGAGGAGACAGGGAGAGGAGAGACCGUAGUGUCGGGAAAGAAGGCAGGGAGGCCGCGCCAGAAGUCAUCUGGAAGAAGAGGCAGGAAGACGACGCGGGCAGGGAGACAGCUAGGGCUGGUCAGGGCGGACACCAAAUUGUUUGGAGGAAGAAGAAUUAAGUGUGCUUUUUAAAAAAAACACCAACAAGGGUGCUGCUACCAGGAGAUGGACACUAGCCAUAUAUUUGUAAGCCUCUUUUUUUGUCCCUCUGCGGGUUGCAGGUGUGUUGUAUCGACCGGUUGAAGCGGUGUUUGUGUGUGUCGCCUCGUUAGUGCGCAGCCCCCAUGCCAUUCCCCUUGCUGGCUGCUAAUAGGGUUUUUAUGGGCCUGUGUCAUGCUGGACAGAGCUGCCGAGGGAGCUGCUUCUCACACACACACACACACACACGUCUCAGAGCGGUAACAUGCGCAUAUGCAAGCAGCCUUUUGAGAGUCAAUCACUUGAGUUGAUUCUGUGCGGUGCCGCUUGACAACUGUGUUGCCGGCCCUCGCUGAGAGGCCAUUAACAAAAUACUACCAGUUAUUGUUUUACAAGAUGGUCAAUCCACUUGACCCGCACGUCAAAAACUGAUCACACAAAAUGAACUCAAUGCAUUGGAAAGUGAACUGAUAUCAACAUGACACGACACGACACGACAAACUGUUUGCAUUCCGCCGUCAUCCGGAGCGCCGCUCUUUUGCUAAAAGACAUUUCAAACCUUGCUUUCAUUGUGGAUGAAGCCAUCUUUAAGGCGGUGCGCUCUGGGCCGCCUGCUAAUGUGUUCAGGAAGGACAAGUGGACAGAUGGAUGCCGCGCUGACGCUGAGGGAGACCGGCUGCGCGUCCUUAAGAGAAACAUUUUGUAUGCUGUAAGGAAGAGACUUUGAUUAAAAAAACUAAAAACUGACAACCACUAUGGAGCUUGUCCCAAAAACUAAGUACACCCACUUCAGGAGUGAAUCCCUGAGCUCCACCGAUGAGACAAACUCCAACCCAUCGUCUUUCCCUCCUUCCAGUCCUGCCACCCCUCUCACUCCCUCCCCUGGUUUACCUUCUUCUCUAUCCUCCUCCUCUCUAACCCCCAUCUUGCCUCCAUCUUCUCCCCGCCCGCCCGAGAACAGCCCCACCACCCUCUGCUCCUUUUUCCCAAGGAUGGGCUCUUUUCGCCUGGGCGUCUCUGCCACUCUUCUCCCAGGACUCAAGGCCUCCAGCAGGCAGCCGCGAGCGCCUGUUGACUCUCCCGGGGACGACAGGAGCAGCUCCAGCUCCUCCCCGCCGCUGCAUCACCCGCUACCCUCUUUAACCGCUCCUUCUCCCCCUCCGCGACCACCCUUGCAGGAUAUGAACCGGCUGGGAGGGGUGUCCAGGAGGGCACGAGUAGAGGGAGCUCAGCUCGGAGGAGAUGAGUGGACGCGGCAUGGCUCCUUUGUCAACAAGCCCACCAGGGGAUGGCUACACUCCGACAAUGUCAUCAGCACCACUGGUGUUUCCUACUCUGUACGGUACAUGGGCUGUGUAGAGGUGCUACAAUCCAUGCGAGCGCUGGAUUUCAACACUAGAACUCAGGUCACCAGGGAGGCUAUCUCGGUGGUGUGCGAGGCUGUACCUGGAGCCAAAGGAGCCCAGCGCAGGAGAAAGCCUUCCUCACGCUGCCUCACGUCUAUUCUGGGCAAAAGUAACCUGCAGUUUGCUGGCAUGACAAUCAGCCUUACCAUCUCCACCAGCAGCCUCAACCUGCUGGCGUCCGACUGCAAACAGAUAAUCGCCAAUCAUCACAUGCAGUCCAUCUCCUUUGCCUCUGGAGGAGACCCAGACACGGCUGAGUACGUAGCAUAUGUGGCCAAAGACCCUGUCAACCAGAGAGCAUGUCAUAUUCUGGAAUGUUCUGAGGGUUUAGCCCAGGAAGUCAUCAGCACCAUCGGCCAGGCCUUUGAACUGCGUUUCAAACAGUACCUAAAGAACCCGCCCAAACUGGUCACGCCUCAUGACAGAAUGGCUCCAUUUGAUGGCUCUGCAUGGGAGGAAGAGGAUGACGAGGCUGUUCCCCUGCCUGAUGUCCCUUACUACAAUAAUUUUCCUGGUAAACAACCUCCCGCUGGUGGUCUGGUUGACAUGAGAACACGUCCAGGAGCCACGCUGCCUUACGGACAGCCGGGUCAGAAUGACAUUCACAAGCAGCCUCUGCCGCCUCUGCCAGUAGGUGCCAAGGAAGGAGGACGAGAGCUGUUUGAUGACCCCUCCUACGUCAAUGUGGAUAAGCCCCGCCCCCCGGUCGCUGCAAAUGGAAACGCUCACAGAGAUGCGUUUGACAUGAAGCCAUUUGAUGAUGCCAUAGGGGUCUCUGGGCCAGUCCCAAUGACGGCAGCGCCCCCUCUGGUGGAGCAGUUGCAGUGCGAGACCUGGUUCCAUGGCAGCUUAAGUCGCAGGGAAUCUGAGAGGUUGCUGAGCCGCGACGGAGACUUUCUGGUUCGAGAGUCGGGAACCACACCCGGGCAAUAUGUCCUUACGGGGCAGCAGGGCGGACAGCCCAAACACCUGCUUCUAGUCGACCCCGAGGGAGUGGUUCGCACGAAAGACCAUCGGUUCGAGAGCGUGAGUCACCUGAUCAGCUACCACAUGGACAACAGACUCCCCAUCGUGUCGGCGGGGAGCGAAGUGUGUCUGCAACAGCCAGUAGAGCGCCGAGCCUGAUGGUCCCCGUCCAAAAACGCAACAUGGCUCUACCACAGACAACCACGUUCACUUCAGACGUAAAACACAAAGAACGCCCGGAAGAGAGCGAGGGAUCUCCGACCAAUGCUGCUGUUGUAAACCAAACUGUGAAGUGCAGCAGGCAGGAGAAGCACUGCUGGCAACUGUGAAGCAGGGACGAGAGAGGGGCAACGAAAACAUGCAAAAAAGAAUGUCUUAAUUUGUAGGAGUGAAGAUGAAGUGGAUGCUUGGAUCGGUGUACAAAUGGAAAGGAAAACAUGAGCUUGCAUGCUUUCAUUGUGCGACGUCGAGCGCAAAAAAAAAAAAACACAAGUUGCACGGCUAUUUUUUCAUUCUUAAACACAAACAAUCCCUUCAAUGAUGCAGCAGAAACCUUGGACAUCAUUUCCACCCCUUAAGGACGUACGAUGAGCACGUAUGCAAACCCAGGACCGCUUUGCCAUCUCCAUGUAUGUUUUUUAUUUGAUAUUUGAUGUCAAUGCAGUUCACAGGAGGGACUUUGCAUCACCCAUUGCGCCAAAGAACAUGAACACAGAGAGACGCCGCGAGUCCAAUUAGCGGCGAUGCAAAUAAACCCGGCUUUAGUGCUCUUGAACGCAUCACCGGUUAACGGAAAUGAUGUCACAAGCAAUGUUGAAACACGCCAGGCUACUUUCGUGUAUGUGUUUGCUUGACAAUCUAUCGCGGGGGUUCACAAAGCUACUAAAAUACAAUGCAGUCGAUCAAUAAGCCUUAUGCAAAAAGAAGACUGUUUUACUUCCUUUCAAAAGUCAGGGAAGCGAAGGAAACCCUCAUCUAUGGGCUUGGAAUCAUGAAUAUAGCAAACUGCUCGGCACAUACCUGUCAACCUUUUCCUGUUAUCGAGCCUUUCUUGCCCAACCUUUUGUUAUCCAUGUUUUGUCACGAAUUUAGCUGCCGUCUCCUUUUAUUUUCUUUAUUCUCCAAUGCGGAUUUGACAGGUAUGUGAACAGCUUUAACAACGCUGCGUGUCAUAUUGACUGCUCAGCGCCUAGUUUUGUGUCAUGUGAUGUUUGAAUGCCGACUACGCUGCAAAAAAAAACUUAAAUCAAGGUUAAAGAAAAGGUGGCUAAAUGGAAGCUGGUGGUAAGUUAUUUACAUUUUUUGUGCUUAAAUCAUGAUUUCGAGUGCAUGAGAAAUUUGAACAAGUAUAUUGCACAACACAGCAGCAACAGAACAAGUGUUGUAAUGCAAUUAAGUGAGAAAAUGGAUGGAUGGUAUACAGAGAUGGGUAAAGCUGCCACUCAUGAUACUUAAAAUCAAAGUGACCAAUCGUUGAACGCAAGCUUACUUUAUUGACAAGCGAGCGCCACAGCAGAUUCUGCAGUACCCGAAGGAGAUGUAGCCAAAUGAUAUAGCUCUUUCUGUUCCAGUUCUUAUAACCCAAAAUGGUGUCCUUCUCAGGUCUUUGGGUUCAUGGUACCAAAAUUGACUCCAUCAGGCCCAUGUAAGGUGCAAGUUCCUAGCAUCUGGCGAAGGUCCUAACUAAGCUUUGACAUUGGCUCGGUGAGUAGACUGGUACUCGUGGACUCGGUUGCUAGUGUGAAAUGUUUUAUCCAUAUGUGCAUGUCACACUUAAUGGAUACACUUUACUACACACCCCGUUUCCAUAUGAGUUGGGAAAUUGUGUUAGAUGUAAAUAUAAACGGAAUACAAUGAUUUGCAAAUCCUUUUCAACCCAUAUUCAAUUGAAUGCACUACAAAGACAAGAUAUUUGAUGUUCAAACUCAUAAACUUUUUUUUUUUUGUGCAAAUAAUAAUUAACUUAGAAUUUCAUGGCUGCAACAUGUGCCAAAGUAGUUGGGAAAGGGAAUGUUCACCACUGUGUUACAUGGCCUUUCCUUUUAACAACACUCAGUAAACGUUUGGGAACUGAGGAGACACAUUUUUUAAGCUUCUCAGGUGGAAUUAUUUCCCAUUCUUGCUUGAUGUACAGCUUAAGUUGUUCAACAGUCUGGGGGUCUCCGUUGUGGUAUUUUAGGCUUCAUAAUGCGCCACACCUUUUCAGUGGGAGACAGGUCUGGACUACAGGCAGGCAAGUCUAGUACCCGCAAUCUUUUACUAUGAAGCCUAUGUCUUGCUGAAAUAAGCAGGGGCGUCCAUGGUAACGUUGCUUGGAUGGCAACAUAUGUUGCUCCAAAACCUGCAUGUACCUUUCAGCAUUAAUGGUGCCUUCACAGAUGUGUAAGUUACCCAUGUCUUGGGCACUAAUACACCCCCAAACCAUCACAGAUGCUGGCUUUUCAACUUUGCGCCUAUAACAAUCUGGAUGGUUCUUUUCCUCUUUGGUCCGGAGGACACGACGUCCACAGUUUCCAAAAACAAUUUGAAAUGUGGACUCGUCAGACCACAGAACACUUUUCCACUUUGUAUCAGUCCAUCUUAGAUGAGCUCAGGCCCAGCGAAGCCGACGGCGUUUCUGGGUGUUGUAGUUAAACGGUUUUCGCCUUGCAUAGGAGAGUUUUAACUUGCACUUAGAGAUGUAGCGACCAACUGUAGUUACUGACAGUGGUUUUUUGAAAUGUUCCUGAGACCAUGUGGUGAUAUCCUUUACACACUGAUGUCGCUUGUUGAUGCAGUACAGCCUGAGGGAUCCAAGGUCACGGGCUUAGCUGCUUACGUGCAGUGAUUUCUCCAGAUUCUCUGAACCCUUUGAUGAUAUUACGGGCCGUAGAUGGUGAAAUCCCUAAAUUCCUAGCAAUAGCUGGUUGAGAGAGGUUUUUCUUAAACUGUUCAACAAUUUGCUCACACAUUUGUUGACAAAGUGGUGACCCUCGCCCCAUCCUUGUUUGUGAAUAACUGAGCAUUUCAUGGAAUCUACUUUUAUACCCAAUCAUGGCACCCACCUGUUCCCAAUUUGCCUGUUCACCUGUGGGACGUUCCAAAUAAGUGUUUGAUGAGCAUUCCUCAACUUUAUCAGUAUUUAUUGCCACCUUUCCAAACUUCUUUGUCACGUGUUGCUGGCAUCAAAUUCUAAAGUUAAUGAUUUUUUUUUUUUUAUCAGUUUGAACAUCAAAUAUGUUGUCUUUGUAGCAUAUUCAACUGAUUAUGGGUUGAAAAUGAUUUGCAAAUCAUUGUAUUCCGUUUAUAUUUACAUCUAACACAAUUUCCCAACUCAUAUGGAAACGGGGUUUGUACUUGCACACAAAGACAUACCACUGUUUACAAGAAUAGCUGCCUAAGGAACGUAUAUCUUCCACAUGUUAUUUUGUAGGCUAGCAGAUACUACACAACUACAGUUCUGCCAUAUUGUGGAGUUAAAAAAAAUGGUUAAUCAGAAGUUUGCCUCCAAGCCUUAUUUUUUUAGACCAGGCGCAACUCAGACACUACGUGACACAUGAUUUAAGGUGUGCAAAUUUGACUUAAAAUACAAAAAUAUAAAUUUGUAUUGUUUUUUAACCUUGCUUGGGUUUGAGUUUUUGCAGUGUAGUGCAUGUGAGUAAGUACGGCAGGGCUGGACAACUGACAGCUUUUGUCUCGGCCAAUGAGAGCGUUCGAUGCGGGCCGCUAUAUGCAGUUCUACAAAGUGACUAAAACACUGAUUAUAUUUGUCCAUACAUUUAUCACCACCCCUGAUAGAAAAAAGCCCCGCCUCUUUCAAAAGUGCUGUUUUCCCCACUUUUUGCUGGACAUUGCUUCACAUUGUAGUGUUGAUGAUGUUGUUGUUGUUUUUUUUACGAUAUCUUUCUAAUCGUGCCUUGUUUCUUCAACGCAGUCACCUUACGUACUUAACUCACCAACCUAUACAGACUGCAAAAAGCACACCAGCUGAUCCAGUGAUGGCAAUCGCCUCCAGUCCGAGUGUUGCUUAUUGAGUCAUGGAUACUUGAUGUCACCUGUUGGGGGGGUUUUGGGGAGGGUAUUUCCUGAGCAUCUGUAAAUAACAUUGACUCACACCUCGCAGGGAGCUUUGGUCCGAAAGUAGGAGCUGUAGAGGGGGUUAGAACACAUGGUAGCUCAAAGUGUACCUGCCUGGAACACCAGUUAUGCUGACAUUCAGUGGGUCUGGGUUCGUUUUUUUGCCUCAUCCCUCACUUAGUGAAGAGUGCACUACCGACCUGAUAAGUCCGAAAGAGAUGACACCGUAUUAUCUGCUCACAGAUGCUACCUGGUGGUUGUUUGAGCACACUGCAGCUCGUCCUGUACAGUCCCACUCCUUAAUGCUUCAGUCACACGCAGGAUUCUCACAGGAAUGAGGCUAAAACACAACCUGACCUACUAUAGUCUAUAAGUCUACACCACAGUCUCGUGCUCAUCACAGCUGCCUUUUGUCGCAUGGAAAUUCUACUUUACAAAAAAAAAAAAGACAACAAUCAAUGUUGUUGUUUUUUUGUAGUUGUUGUGGCCGGUGCUGUUUUAGGAUUUUGUGUCUUAGGGGGGGUAAAAAAAAAAGCCAAAGGUGUGCACAGGUGAUUGGAUUUUGACUUUAUAUGUUUUUAGGGAAUUGUGUUUACACUUGUAAGUGAAAAUCAAAAUUGCAUAUAUACAAAUAAAUGCAUAUACUGUAUCAUUCA